AUGAGCAGGCUUCCCGGGGAUCCGCACCCGAGAACAAGGAAGCCAUCAACAGGCUUCACGUCGGCCGCGGCUCGUCUGCUCCUGCGCCACAGCCAGACGGAGGCGGCCAACGGUGAGAGCAUCGAGUUCUUCUCCGCCCUGCGCAAGUGCCUGCCUGAUCCUCACAUCUCCGGUCAAAACGGUGAGACCAAUUGCGUAACUGCUCUUACCAUGUUCCGAUGUCCUGAUUGGUUUGCUCAAAGCAAAAUGAAAUCUUGCAACGACGACGUAGCACUAGCAGCACGAGGAGCGGCUCAACCGGCCGACGUGAAGGGAAAGGCAAGGCGGGGAAGCAGCGGCGGCAACACCGACGAGGUGCUGCCGCUGUCCUCGGGGAUCGGGAAACAUGACUAUGAUUGGCUCCUGACUCCUCCGGGGACGCCUUUCUGGUCGCCGGCGGCGAGCUUCUCCUCCUCAGGCCAUCUUCAGGUCUCCGCCGCGGUGCUGAGCCGGCUGGCAAAGGCUGGAUCGUCGUCUCAUGGGAAAAGUAAUUCACGGCUAGACCCAACGGGCCUCGAGAAGGAGAGGCCGAUGAGGUCGAGGCUGUCCAACUGCAGCUCCGCGACCUUGACCAACAACGUCCUGCCGUCCGGUCGCCUGUUGAGCGUCCGGACGGCGUCGGCAUCGUCGAUCAAUACCAAUGCCACAAGCAAUGCCUCCGUGAGCUCCACGCCGGUGCGGUCCGCGGGGUCGAGCCCUCGCACCCCGGGCACAGCGAGGAGCCCGGCGGCGACUGCGAUCGCUCAUACUCGUCGCCGCCGCGACAUAGCACGGGUGGCAACGAGCUAUGUCGCGGUCCAAGUCCAAUCCGGGGCGUCGUCCAAGACCAAACCUGGGGCCCCGGCACCGACGUGCACCCGAGCACACCCGACGCGGUGUGUCUCGAGCCCACGGUCAACCGCCUCCACGUCUCGGCAACCGUCGUCGCUGUCCAGACGUGGCGACGUCGCCGUGGCACGUUCGAGGCUGGCAAGCCAGAGCAGCGGCACCGGGUCAACGCCGCAGCCGCGUGACGCGCAUCCAACCAGCAGGGGCGCAUCCGGCGUGGCAUUGUCCAGCAACGCCGUCAAGUCGCGGCAGGUGGCGCCGCCCGUGAAGCAAGGCGGCGCGGCAGCGGCGAGCACGACGACCCAGAGGUGGCAGCAUUCCCUGGCCCCGGCGAUCGCUGCCGCUCGGAACGUGCGCAGGGAGAACUCGUUGCACAACGCUUCACCAAUAUACAGCGCCAGCCGAAAGGUCAAUGACGAGAAGACAAGGCCACAUCGUACCGCCGCCGCCGCCAUUGGCAGCGGUCUCACGAGGACUGGCUCCAGGAAGUCUGAAAGCACCACCAUAGUCAAACGCACGGUGAACAAUCAGAACGAAGACUGCCGAAGGCAGGACGCCAGGCACGGUGGUGCCGAUGCUCCAGGCCUCCGGAAUCCGGCGCAUCACCAGGAGACGAGGCGCUCGGUGACGUCAAGAAGCCGUCUCGGUCUCAUGGCCGCGACCUCCACGAGCGGCUCGAUCUCCAGUGGUAAUCAGGAUGCAGCUCCAGCAGCAACCAUGGCGAAGGUCUCCAGGCCGGACGCGUUCCCGAGCACGCGGUACGACGCCAUGCUGCUCCGUGAGGACCCCAAGAACCUGACGUGGCUGCGCGGCUGCGACGAAGGUGACGACGGCUGCUUUGGGGGACUAGAUUUGGUCGACAGCUCGCUUGAGCCGUUUGACGUGGCGACUGGUUGA